AUGCUGCAGUACAAGCAAAGGGCCAGGGCUCCUCCUUUGUCAUUUUUCCGAGAAGGAUCUGGAAAACCCCGUGGUGACGAGGACAGAUUUCGGCUGCCUAGAGAUUCUGGCUUGCAGUGGGCCCCUGAAAGUAAAUACAUUUAUUACAUUGAGGAUGAAGAUGAUGAUGUAGAGGAACAGAAAUGGGCAGAACGAGAAGAAAAACGACUUGAUGGAUGGAAAAAGCAGUUCAUUUCUAGCAAUGAAUAUGGAUCCUAUGAGGAUGAUCAAGACAUACAUUUACUCUCUCCCUCUGUUUAUAGAAAUGCUCGCAGCAAUUUGCUACAUAUCAAUGUAGGUGGCACUGCUUACUUUAUAUCCUAUAUGGUAGCAGCUAGUUAUCCUAAAACUCGUAUAGGACGAUUGGCAACGUAUACUGAUCGACAGCGUAAACUAGAUCUAUGUGAUGAUUACAGCCCAGCGGAGGAAAUUUAUUUCUUUGACCGUGACCCAGCUAUAUUCCAUCAUAUCUACAACUUCUAUCGUACUGGAGUGUUGUAUAUAAGGGAUGAGCUGUGCCCUCGCAGCUUUCUGGAAGAAAUCAACUAUUGGGGUGUAAGAGUGAAACAUACUCCUCGUUGUUGCCGCAUAUCAUUUGAGGAAAGGCAAGAUGAGCUCAAUGAACAGUUAAAGAUCCAAAGAGAACUCAGAGCUGAAAUGGAGACAGAGGAGAAUGAGGAACUCUUUAGAGGCAUGCCUAAUGGACACCUGAGACGCCGUAUCUGGAACUUAAUGGAAAAACCAUUCUCUUCAGUCACAGCCAAGGCCAUGGCGGUAGCAUCCAGCUUCUUUGUUCUUAUAUCAGUUGUGGCUAUGACACUUAACACAGUUGAAGAAAUGCACUAUAAAUAUGCAGCAGGGCUUCCUAGUGGUAAAUCUUUUCUGGAACAUGUGGAAACCAUCUGUAUUGCAUUCUUUACAUUAGAAUACAUACUGCGUAUCAUUUCAACUCCAGACAUACAGCAUUUUAUGCGCAGUGUUCUUAAUGCUGUGGACCUUAUUGCAAUAUUGCCGCUCUACCUACAAUUGCUUCUUGAGACGGUUUCUGAUGAGGAUAAAAGUGGUAAAAAGACCAGCCAUGAGCAUGAAAUAGAGGCUGUAGGACGAGUUGGUAAAGUUGGACAAGUACUUCGAAUAAUGAGACUGAUGCGUAUAUUUCGAAUCCUUAAGUUGGCACGUCAUUCUACAGGACUAAGAGCUUUUGGGUUCACUCUUCGAAAGUGCUACCAGCAAGUAGGCUGUCUAUUUCUCUUCAUUGCCAUGGGAAUCUUUUCUUUUUCAGCAAUGGUCUACACAGUUGAACAUGAUGUUUCUGGCACAAAUUUCACAAGUAUUCCUCACGCCUGGUGGUGGGCAGCAGUCAGCAUCUCUACAGUGGGAUAUGGAGACACUUACCCAGAAACUCCUCUUGGUCGUCUGUUUGCUUUCCUCUGCAUUGCUUUUGGUAUCAUUCUAAAUGGAAUGCCCAUUUCCAUUCUCUAUAACAAGUUUUCUGAUUACUAUAGCAAACUAAAAUCCUAUGAAUAUACUACAAUCCAAAAGAAGAGAGGAAAAGUUAAUUUUACUGGCCGAGCUAUGAAUAAGAUGUCUGAGUGCUGUGCGGCGCCGACACAGCAUCUGCCAGGACACCACUGA